GACGCUCUUGCCAGAUACCGGAAGUAGGCGAUGUGAAAACCACUAUAGUUCGCUGGGUAACUCUUUACAACAACAAAAGUACAUUUUCGACUCAACAUUUUCAAAAUGGGCACUACUGCAAGUCAACUUGGGAAGGAUAUGCUUUCAGAAUAUCAAGAACUGACAUUCUUGACAAAACAAGAAAUCCUUCUUGCCCACAAGAGAUUCACUGAACUGCUCACAAAAGAUGAGAAAGACCUUCCAAAUACCAGAGUAUCAGAGGAGAGGAUUCUCACUCUGCCAGAGCUCAAGUCCAACCCUUUCAGGAAAAGAAUCUGCCAUGUAUUCUCAACAUCUGAAUACAAAGAUGGAAGCCUCACAUUUGAGGACUUUCUGGAUCUCCUGAGUGCCUUCAGCGACUCUGCUACUCUGGAAAUCAAAUCCCACUAUGCGUUCCGUAUAUUUGACUUUGACGAUGAUGGAACUCUUGAUUGUGGUGAUUUGGAGAAGCUGGUGAACUGCCUCACCGGUGAGACAGAUGACACACGACUAACUACUGAAGAAAUGAGACAGCUCAUCAGCAAUAUUCUUGAAGAGUCAGACAUUGACAAGGAUGGAACUGUGAACCUCUCAGAGUUCCAGCACGUCAUUUCAAGAUCGCCAGAUUUUGUCAGUUCUUUCAAGAUUGUGUUGUGAAGUCUUCUCGUGGACCGUGACAAUGCAUCAUCCUUUAACUCUCAUAUGGUGUUUAAUUUACGAUUAGAACUAUUUUAGAUAUUUGCCUUAAAUUUUAUUGGAUUUUACUGCCUUAACUAUUUUAUGCAUAGUUUGUAAAAUAUAAAAACAUGCGAUUGUUUUUAUUUCUAUAUAGAAAAUAAAAAAUAUUUCCAAAAACUA